GCUCUGACCUUUGACAGCGGAAGAGGAAAAGCGCGGCUUGUUGUGCGCUCGUGUUAGCGGCGCUAUUGUAACGUAUGCGAAACGCAUUUUGUUGUAUGAAACUCGGACUUUUCGAAAACUGGCUAAUGCUACAAGUGUAAUCAGUGCACUCAUGUUCACAGCGUCUCUUUAAGCAGGCAGAGUGAGGUCGACUCUGUGGAUAUUAACAGUCAGUUAGCCGUUUCACAAAGUGCGCUAAAACCUGAGGGAAAACCAGCACCAUGGCGGAUGUUACUGCUCGAAGCUUGCAGUACGAGUACAAAGCGAACUCUAACUUGGUGCUUCAAGCCGAUCGCUCUCUGAUCGACCGCACCCGGAGAGAUGAGCCCACCGGUGAGGUGUUGUCCUUGGUCGGGAAGCUGGAGGGGACCAAGAUGGGUGACAAGGCCCAGAGGACCAAACCUCAGAGGCUGGAGGAGAGACGAGAAAAGAGAAGAAAAAGGGAUGAAGACAGACACGACAUUAACAAAAUGAAGGGCUUUACCCUUCUGUCUGAAGGCAUUGAUGAGAUGGUGGGCAUUGUGUACAAACCAAAAACCAAAGAGACCAGAGAAACAUAUGAGGUGUUACUGAGCUUCAUCCAUGCUGCUUUGGGAGAUCAGCCGCGUGAUAUUCUCUGUGGAGCAGCUGAUGAAGUUCUGGCUGUGCUCAAGAAUGACAAAAUGAGAGACAAAGAGAGGCGACGGGAAGUAGAGCAGCUUCUCGGACCUGCUGAUGACACGCGCUACCACGUCUUAGUCAAUCUGGGCAAAAAGAUCACAGACUAUGGGGGGGACAAAGACUUGCAGAAUAUGGAUGACAACAUUGAUGAAACGUAUGGUGUCAAUGUUCAGUUUGAGUCUGAUGAGGAGGAAGUUGAUGAAGACCAGUAUGGCGAGGUACGAGAUGAACACUCCGAUGAAGACAGUGAAGGAGUGGAGGCAGCUGUGGAUUCCACUCUCUCAGCUAAUCUCGGUGGUGCGGGUGACGUGAUGACAGUGAAGAAAAAAGAUUUACAUCCUCGAGACAUCGACGCCUUUUGGCUCCAGCGUCAGCUCAGCCGGUUCUAUGAUGACGCCAUCGUCUCACAAAAAAAGGCAGAUGAGGUCUUAGAAAUCCUCAAGACUGCCAGCGACGACAGAGAGUGUGAGAACCAGCUGGUGUUGCUCCUCGGCUUUAACACCUUUGAUUUCAUUAAAAUCCUGCGUCAGCAUCGUCGCAUGAUUCAGUACUGUACCAUGCUGGCAAGUGCUCAGAGUGAGGCGGAAAAGGAGCGCAUCAUAGGAAAGAUGGAGUCUGAUCAGGAGCUGUCAAAGAUUCUCUACCAGUUGCAAGAGACGGAGAAGGAGGAUAUUAUUCGAGAAGAGCGGUCUCGCAGGGAGAGAGUGAGGAAGUCCCGUGUCGAUGACUUGGAAGCAAUGGACAUAGACCAUGGAGAGUCAGUGACCCCUCGACAGCUGCUAGACCUUGACGACCUGGCUUUCAGUCAGGGGAGCCAUUUCAUGGCCAACAAGCGUUGCCAGCUGCCAGACGGCUCUUUUCGUAAACAGCGCAAGGGCUAUGAAGAAGUCCACGUACCUGCCCUCAAACCUAAACCCUUUGCUGAAGAUGAGGUACUUGUUCCCAUUGAGAAGUUGCCCAAGUACGCCCAGGCUGGAUUUGAAGGCUUUAAAACCCUGAAUCGCAUUCAGAGCAAGCUGUUCAAGACCACCAUGGAGACAGAUGAGAACCUGCUAGUGUGUGCUCCAACGGGAGCCGGUAAGACCAAUGUCGCUCUGAUGGCAAUGCUGAGAGAAAUUGGAAAGCACAUCAACAUUGAUGGAACAAUUAAUGUGGACGACUUCAAAAUCAUCUACAUAGCCCCCAUGCGCUCUCUAGUACAGGAGAUGGUGGGAAGUUUUAGUAAGCGUUUGGCAAGUUAUGGCAUCAUAGUGUCCGAGCUGACGGGAGACCACCAGCUCUGUAAAGAGGAGAUUAACGCCACUCAGAUCAUUGUCUGCACCCCAGAGAAAUGGGACAUCAUCACUCGUAAAGGUGGUGAACGUACCUACACCCAGCUAGUGCGCCUCAUUAUCAUAGAUGAAAUCCAUCUGUUGCACGAUGACCGUGGUCCUGUGCUGGAAUCUCUGGUGGCGAGGACCAUCCGCAACGUGGAGCUGACCCAGGAGGAUGUGCGCCUGCUGGGCCUCAGUGCCACACUGCCAAACUAUGAAGACGUGGCUACCUGCCUGCGUGUUGAUCCUGCCAAAGGGCUCUUCUACUUUGACAACAGUUUCCGUCCCGUGCCCCUGGAGCAGACUUAUGUUGGUAUCACAGAGAAGAAGGCCAUCAAGCGUUUCCAGAUCAUGAAUGAGAUUGUCUAUGAAAAGAUUAUGGAGCAUGCUGGAAAGAACCAGGUUCUAGUGUUUGUCCAUUCCAGGAAGGAGACUGGGAAAACUGCCAGGGCCAUAAGGGACAUGUGCCUGGAGAAGGACACUCUGGGUCUUUUCCUCCGAGAGGGUUCUGCAUCUACUGAAGUGUUGAGAACUGAGGCGGAGCAGUGCAAGAACCUAGAGCUGAAGGAUUUGCUCCCAUACGGCUUUGCAAUCCACCACGCUGGUAUGACCAGAGUCGACCGUACGCUGGUGGAGGAUUUGUUUGCCGAUCGACACAUCCAGGUUCUGGUGUCUACAGCUACUUUGGCUUGGGGUGUCAAUUUGCCUGCACAUACUGUCAUCAUCAAAGGGACACAAGUGUACAGCCCAGAGAAAGGCAGAUGGACUGAACUGGGUGCCCUGGACAUUUUACAGAUGCUUGGUCGAGCUGGCCGUCCUCAGUAUGACACCAAAGGAGAGGGAAUCCUGAUCACGUCCCACGGAGAGCUGCAGUAUUAUCUGUCCCUGCUGAACCAGCAGCUGCCCAUUGAGAGUCAGAUGGUGGGCAAGCUGGCUGACAUGCUCAAUGCAGAGAUAGUACUGGGAAAUGUGCAGAAUGUAAAGGAUGCUGUGAACUGGCUUGGCUACACGUAUCUCUAUGUGCGCAUGCUUCGCAACCCCACCCUGUAUGGUGUUUCUCACGACGACCGAAGUACAGACCCCCUGCUGGAGCGGCGCAGGAUGGACUUGGUGCACACAGCAGCCAACAUCCUGGACAAGAACAGCCUCAUCAAAUAUGACAAGAGGACCGGCAGCUUCCAGGUUACAGACCUGGGCCGCAUUGCCAGUCACUUCUACAUCACCCACGACUCAGUCCAAACCUACAACCAGCUGCUUAAACCCACGCUCAGCGAGAUCGAACUCUUCCGAGUGUUCUCACUGUCCUCAGAGUUCAGGAACAUCACAGUGAGAGAGGAGGAAAAACUGGAGCUUCAAAAGUUACUGGAAAGAGUUCCUAUCCCUGUGAAGGAAAGCAUUGAGGAGCCCAGUGCGAAGAUCAACGUGCUGCUCCAGGCAUACAUCUCUCAGCUGAAGCUUGAAGGCUUUGCUCUCAUGGCCGACAUGGUGUAUGUUACACAGAGUGCUGGGCGAUUGAUGCGGGCCAUAUUUGAGAUUGUGCUAAGCAGAGGCUGGGCUCAGCUCACAGACAAGACUUUGAAUCUCUGCAAGAUGAUCGAUAAGAGAAUGUGGCAGUCCAUGUCUCCUCUGCGUCAGUUCAAGAAGCUGCCAGAGGAAGUGAUCAAGAAGAUUGAGAAGAAAAACUUCCCAUUUGAGCGACUCUACGACUUGAACCACAACGAGAUUGGUGAACUGAUCCGAAUGCCAAAGAUGGGGAAGACUAUUCACAAAUAUGUCCACCAGUUCCCCAAGCUGGACUUGGCCGUUCAUGUGCAGCCCAUCACUCGCUCCACACUCAAAGUGGAGCUUACAGUCACACCUGACUUCCAGUGGGAUGACAAGAUUCAUGGGUCGUCUGAGGCUUUCUGGAUCCUGGUUGAGGACGUGGACAGUGAGGUCAUCCUCCACCAUGAGUAUUUCCUCCUCAAAGCCAAGUACGCCCAGGACGAGCAUCUUGUCACUUUCUUUGUCCCAGUGUUCGAGCCUCUUCCACCGCAGUACUUUAUCCGUGUGGUCUCAGACCGCUGGCUGUCCUGCGAGACUCAACUCCCAGUAUCUUUCCGUCACCUUAUCCUACCGGAGAAGUACCCCCCACCCACUGAGCUGCUGGACCUGCAGCCUCUUCCUGUCACUGCCCUCAGGAACUCUGCCUUUGAGGCUCUCUACCAGAACAAGUUCCCCUUCUUCAACCCCAUUCAGACACAAGUCUUCAAUGCUGUGUACAACAGUGAUGAUAACGUGUUUGUGGGAGCUCCCACCGGCAGUGGAAAGACCAUCUGUGCAGAGUUUGCCAUUCUGAGAAUGCUGCUGCACAAUGCAGAAGGUCGCUGUGUCUACAUCACCCCAAUGGAAGCACUGGCUGAACAGGUGUUUAUUGACUGGCACCAGAAGUUCCAGGACAUCCUGGACAAGAAGGUGGUGUUGCUGACAGGAGAGACUAGUACUGAUCUGAAGCUCCUGGGAAAAGGUGACAUUAUUAUCAGUACCCCUGAUAAAUGGGACAUCCUGUCUCGCCGUUGGAAGCAGAGGAAGAACGUCCAGAAUGUCAGCCUUUUCAUUGUGGAUGAGACGCACCUUAUCGGAGGCGAAAAUGGACCUGUGUUGGAGGUCAUCUGCUCCAGGAUGAGAUACAUCUCUUCCCAGAUUGAGCGUCCCAUCCGUAUCGUGGCCCUCAGCUCAUCUUUGUCCAACGCCAAAGAUGUGGCCCACUGGCUGGGCUGCAGCACCACAGCCACAUUCAACUUCCAUCCCAAUGUCAGACCCGUGCCUCUGGAGCUGCACAUCCAGGGUUUCAAUGUGAGUCAUACUCAGACUCGCCUGCUGUCCAUGGCGAAGCCGGUUUAUCACGCCAUCAUGAAGCACUCUCCCUCAAAGCCAGCUGUGGUUUUCGUCCCAUCCCGCAGGCAGACUCGCCUCACAGCUAUCGACGUUCUCACUUUCUGUGCUGCUGAUGUGGUUCCUCAGAGGUUCCUGCAUUGUGCUGAGAAAGACCUGGCUCCGUUCCUAGAGAAAAUAAAUGAUUCUACUCUGAAAGAGACUCUGGCCAACGGCGUGGGAUACUUGCACGAGGGCCUCUCUGCAACUGAACGCAGAAUAGUGGAGCAGCUCUUCAACUCAGGUGCUGUUCAGGUCGUCGUGUCCUCUCGUUCACUGUGCUGGGGCAUCAACAUCUCAGCACACCUCGUCAUCGUCAUGGACACCCAGUACUACAAUGGCAAAAUUCACGCAUAUGUGGAUUAUCCCAUAUAUGAUGUCCUCCAGAUGGUGGGCAAGGCAAACAGGCCCAUGCUGGAUGAUGAGGGGCGCUGUGUAAUCAUGUGUCAAGGCUCUAAGAAGGAUUUCUUCAAGAAAUUCCUGUACGAGCCGCUGCCGGUGGAGUCUCACUUGGAUCAUUGUCUCCACGACCAUUUCAAUGCUGAGAUUGUCACCAAGACGGUAGAGAACAAGCAGGAUGCUGUCGACUACCUGACAUGGACAUUCCUCUAUCGCCGUAUGACCCAGAACCCCAACUACUACAACCUGCAAGGCAUGUCACAUCGCCAUCUGUCUGACCACCUGUCUGAGCUGGUGGAGAACACAUUACACGACCUGGAGCAGUCCAAGUGCAUCAGCAUCGAGGAUGAGCUGGAUGUAGCACCACUCAAUUUGGGCAUGAUUGCUGCCUACUAUUACAUCAACUACACCACCAUCGAGCUCUUCAGCAUGUCACUGAACGCCAAGACAAAGAUCCGCGGCUUAAUUGAGAUCAUCUCCAAUGCUGCCGAGUAUAAGAACAUUCCCAUCAGACACCAUGAGGAUGCACUUCUCCGACAGCUUGCACAGAAAGUGCCCCACAAGCUGAACAACCCAAAGUUCAAUGACCCCCACGUGAAGACUAACCUGCUGCUGCAAGCCCAUCUCUCCAGGAUGCAGCUGAGUGCUGAGCUCCAGUCAGACACCGAGGAGAUCCUCAGCAAGGCUAUCCGACUGAUUCAGGCGUGUGUCGAUGUGCUGUCCAGCAACGGCUGGCUGAGUCCUGCACUGGCUGCUAUGGAGCUGGCACAGAUGGUCACUCAGGCCAUGUGGUCCAAGGACUCGUACCUCAAACAGCUGCCGUUCUUCACCUCAGAGCACAUCAAGCGCUGCACAGAAAAGGGAGUGGAGAGCAUCUUUGACAUAAUGGAAAUGGAGGAUGAAGACAGAAGCGCAUUGCUGCAGCUCUCGGAUUCCCAGAUGGCCGACGUGGCUCGCUUCUGUAACCGCUACCCCAACAUCGAGCUGUCGUACGAAGUGGCAGAGAAGGACAGUGUCAAGAGUGGCAGUCCAGUUCUGGUUCAGGUUCAGCUGGAGAGAGAGGAGGAGGUAACAGGUCCAGUCAUUGCACCGCUCUUUCCCCAGAAACGCGAGGAGGGCUGGUGGGUGGUGAUCGGAGACCCCAAGUCUAACAGCCUGAUCUCUAUCAAGAGGCUGACUCUUCAGCAGAAAGCAAAGGUCAAGCUGGACUUUGUUGCCCCGGCGAUGGGCAUCCACAACUACACCCUGUACUUCAUGAGUGACGCAUAUAUGGGUUGUGACCAGGAGUACAAGUUCGGCAUAGAUGUAAAGGAGGCUGACAGUGAUGGAGACAGUGACUCGGACUAAUCAGAGACUUGAUUAUUGCAUUCUUCAGCAGUUCUCUGAUAGAUCGGGAUCAGUAGUUUUCUUUUUUUGCUGUAGAUAUCCAACCUGAUUCACAUUUCUUUAUUUUGACUCUGAGUCUCCCAUUAUCAUUUCUGCUCUUGUGAAAAUCAUUUUUGUUUUCAGUUGUUUCUCAGUGAAGUCCCUUAAAUGAUGCCAGUCCAAGAAUAUAGUGUACAGGAUCUGUUUGCCCACAUGUAGUACAGACACAUGGCUAACCAAGCCCCAGUCUGAGUUUUCAGUAUAAGAGGUUUAACACUUUGUACUUUUGUGUCAGUUUUGAGAUCUGACAAAAAUUUAAUUGGCCAUUGUGGAUUAAAGAAACACUUAAAAAGGAGAUGUGCUUUAUAAAUCCUGGGGAUAGUGCAUCCUUAAACCAGGUAGGGUGCAUAAAAACAACCGGCAACUAUCCGGUUAUAUUUUGCAUUCACAUCAUUUUAUUAUGAAAUGUAAUCCUUGGACUGGUUGAAGUGUUUUACUGUCUGAAAUGUUUUUGCAAUAAAAAGGAGAAGAAACA